UUCGGGAAUGUUCGGGUAUUUCCGGCACUGUUCGGGACUUUUCGGUGUCCGUGUUUGUGGGAGAGGCGCCGAGCUCCGUGACUAACCGAGACCGACUUCAUUCCGCCGGAUCGCUUCACCUGGAAAGCGCGAGGAGUGUGGAGCACACACUCACACACACUCACACACUCUGCAGGUUUUCCCUGGUGAAGGAGGAAUGUGGUGCAUUUGAGUCCCUUAUUAUUUAUUUCAUCAGACAUUUUCACGAACUCGUCCUCGUCCGGAACGCAGAUUUAUAAACAUUGUUAAAAAAAAAAAAAACAUGGCAUCCGGCGGAUUCAAGUCCAACGCAGCUACGGAUUUUUUGGAAGAAUGGAAGGCCAAGCGGGAGAAAAUGCGUGCGAAGAUGUUGGGGGAUAUUGCAGCGAUCACGACCGCCAACGUGAUGACGACGAGCGCCAGCAGCGUUAAGGCACCGGAAACCCGAUCGGUACCGGACCUCAACAGCUCCAAUGGAAAUCCGGAGCGGAGCAGCUCCGUGACUCAUACGGUGGCUCGAUCGGCUUCGUCUUCCACCCUGAUCAGGAGAGCGGACGAGGAACCACACGUGCACGUGGUACCAGCUCAGACUUCGACACCAGCAGCACGAGGAUUCGACACCAAGAAAUCCACAGAGAAACUGCCAGAGCCUGGAAGCGCUUCACCGUGCCCAGACAGUGACCUCGAGAGUCCCAAAGGGAAGGAGAAGAAGAGUUCAGGUCCCAGUGCUCGUAAAGGGAAAGGUCAGAUUGAGAAGAGGAAGCUGCGUGAGAAGCGCCGGUCCACAGGAGUGGUCAGCAUCCCGUCCAAUGAGAGUUUGGACUCACUGGAUGAUGAUGAUGGAGAUAAGGAGAGCAAGAACGAGGAAGACCUCACACAGCACAACACUGUGCAGAACGAGUCCAUGACCUCUGACCUCGGAGCCGGACAUGCACAGGACACAACGAGGUCGGGCAGCCUCCACAAAAGUGAGGAUGAUGUAGGAGGAAACAGACAUCGUCAGACUCACACUCGUCUCAGCAACACAGGACUGGAGAGGAGGAUUGAGGAGCUGGAGAAGGAGCUGGCCCUGGAGCAGCAGGAGAACGUUCGGCUGUUGAAGUCUCAUCAGGAUAAAGACGAGCUGAUCGUUAAACUAAAGGAGGAAAUCGAUCUGUUAAACCGGGACCUGGAUGAAAUUGAGGACGAGAACGAGCAGCUGAAGCAGGAGAAUAAAACUCUGCUGAAGGUCGUUGGUCAGCUGACCAGGUAGAAACGUGAGGACAGAAACGCCCUGAGAGAGAAAAAAAAAAACAAAGUUCUACGGAAAGUCCUAGAAAGUCGUAUUUAAUGUAAAUGUGCGUGUACAUAUGAAAAAUUACGCAGGAUGAAUGUACGUUGCUAUGGCGUCACGUCUGUUGGCGUUUUGUUCUUUUUUUAAAAACAGUGUUUAUUUUGGCUACGUCCCAAACGCUAGCUCAUGAUAGUUAGUGUUCUUGCUAAAAUGUCAGCCAUUAGCAAUAACGCACAUUAUCAAACACUAGUAUUUUGGAAUGCUCACUCAUAUGCUAGCUGCUGAUUAGCCUUUAUCUACCUAAGGAACAGGAUGCACUAGCACAAAGUACAGAUUUGAUUUAUGUAGCAGCUUUCUAUCAAACACUAGCGUUUUGUUGUGUUUUGAUAAAAGCUAAAUCUUAUACUAGCUGCUAACCAGAUACCGAGCAAACAAACAGGCUAUACCACCGCAAUAUAAAGACUAAUAUUGCUAACUCUUAUGCUGGCUGCUAAUCGGCCUAUAACAUAGUUAGUGAACAGGCUACACUACAGCAAUUUUAGCAGUGUUCUAUUAAAUAUUAGCAUUUCCAAGCCUUUUAGCUGAGUGUUGAUUUAUAAAGUGCGCUCUUUCUUAUGCUAGCUGAUAAUUACCAUUUACCUAGCUAAUGAAUAGAUAUUUGAUUUUGCUAGCAGUCUUCUAUCAAACACUAGCAUACUGUAGCGUAAUGAAUAGACUACACUAGCACAAAGUACCAAUGUUUUUUUCCCCUAUCCAUUAUCUAUCACUUCUAACACUAGCAUUUUGGAGUGUUGAUUUACAUUUAGCACUAAUCCCAAUAUGCUAGGUGCUAGAAUAUUAGACUGUAAUUGGACUACAAUAGUACAAAGUUUCCUUUUCUACAGUUUUCUUGUUCAAACACUAGCAUUGUGGAGUGUUUAGCUGAAUGUGUGAUGAUUAGUACUAAUCACUAUUGAGCAUUUUUGAUUCCUUAGCUGUAGCUCCAUAUGCUGGCUGCUGAAUAGGGAGUUAGCGAGCUAGUUGAUAUUGUGCCGAAUGCAGUAACAUUCCCUUUUAUUCUUACAAAAGCUAGCAUGUAGGAACUUUAGCUGAGUGUUUCGAUAUAGUGUCUUAGCGCAAACUUCUGUUAGCUAGCUGCUAAUUAGAUGACAAAGUUGUGAUGAGUUCCUUUGCUCAUUAGCCAAUUAGCUAUUAAAUAGACUACAGUAGUGCAGAGUAUUUUUUCCCCCUUAGCGACUGUUAGAUCAAACAAUAACGCGUCAAAUAAAAUGAAGACAUUCUCUUUUCUACCGACUCGAAUAUUAGCACUUCUGAUUUGGAGUAAUUCAGAUCGUUGGUUUGUUUUUAGCUCUAAUCCUGUACGCUAACAGGUACUAACUAGGCAUGUUGGUUUCUUUUGUAACGACAUUUGCUAGCUGCUCACUAGCCAGUUAGCUAGCGAUUGUGAAUAUGGCAACAUUCAACUGAAUAUUAUAAAGUUCUAAUUUUUUCUAGCAAAUGCUAGCAUUUUGGAGUCGUUAGCUAAACGCUGAUUUAUUUCAAGAGCACGUCACAUCUGUUAGCUGCUAGUUCUCCUAGUCCUAUGUCACAUGCACUAGCUACUAGUUUUCCUGUUAGCUAGUUAGUGAAUUAGGUAAAUUCUCUUUUCAAGCAACUUGUAUAUAAAAUGUUAAUAUUUAUUGAUGUAUGUUCAGCACUAAUCUCAUGCUCACUCCUCAAACACUAACGGAUUCUUCUGGAAUGUUUCGUUGUGGAGUGCCAUCAUGUAUGCUAGCUGCUGACUAGCUACUUAGCUAGCUAGUGAAUACUGUACCGAAUGAUAUGAUGUUCGUUUGCUAGCAUUUCGGAGUUGUAAGCUGAGCGUCGAGUUGUUUCUGCUGCUCGUCACGUCCGUUAGCUGCUACAGUAGUCCUAUCAGCUCGUCCCUGAAUUGGCUACAGUGAAGAGAAAUUUACAGUUUUGAUGGAUAAAACACUAAUAUUUAGGAUUGUUCAAUCAUGUUUUCGUUAAUUUAUAUUUAGCACUAAUCCCGUAUGCUAGCUGCGUAUUAAUCGUAUUUUGAAGGUCGUAUUUCUGUUGACUUUUCUGUCGAACACUAGCGUGUUGAUUUUGAGGGAAUUGCCUUAUGUUUGCAUUACGCUUGCUAGCUAGCUGCUUAUCGCCAGUUUAGCGAUUUGAAAGUGGAGGUUUUUUUGAGUGUUAAUGAUAAAAUUUCUAUCUAAAACUAGCGUUUGGGACCAAACUAAAAAGGAACCAGGAUUGUUUUGUUUCUUGUUGAUGAUAAAAUGCCUAGAAUUGCACGUCAUUGCUAUUUUUUUGGGUUAUUUUACAAUAUCAAUUCUAGUUUGUAAUAAAAUGGUUGAAAAUUGUAACACUUUCAUCAUUAUAUGAAAUCAUGUAUAACUGAUUUUUUUUUUUUUUCCACGAACAUGGGAAAUAUCCGACAUGUUUUAUUUUUAGUCAGUUGUGUUUUUCAGAUGUUUACAAGCUUUGUGUUUUUGCAGGAAGUGGUUAGCUGUAGCUAUUCCUCAUAUCUCAGAAUUAUCGUCUAAACCUAAUCUAAUUCUGGUUAUAGAAAUAUUAUAAACAGCUGUUCAUUUUCUUUCUUUGUGCUUUUCUUGUAGUUGGGUUUCAUGUUGAUUUAGCAGAACUAGCAGUGUGUGGGGUUUUCAGGAGAGAAUUGUUCCUUCAUUCUCUCUUCCAUUCCUUGGCAUUAUUCAUGUACAGAAGAUAAAUCAUUUAAUAAAGAUUCUGAUUAUCUCGC